AAAAUGGUACUGGGGAUGAAAGGCGUCAUCGCAGAGAUCUCAAGUUAUACUAUGGCAUGGACAAUGGAGAGACUGAGGCUACAUCUCAUAUUGUGCCACAGUCAUCAGAUCCAUGUAAUUUGGAUGGAGCCAACUUCCAGUCUCAAUUAUAUCUGUCAAAACUCAUCCAGGAACGAUCGCUGACAGAGCUGAUGGACGAGGAGCAAAAGAUGGUUCGUGACAUCAAGGGUCUAGACAGUGACAUGCAGACCUUAGUUUAUGAAAACUACAACAAGUUUAUCAGUGCCACAGACACAAUUAGAAAGAUGAAGAAUGACUUUCGAAAGAUGGAAGAUGAGAUGGACCACCUGGCAAGCAACAUGUCAGCCAUCACUGACUUCUCCACAAGUAUCAGCAGCACACUGCAGGAUCGUCGGCAGCAGAUCACCAAGCUUGCUGGCGUUCAUUCUUUGUUAAAGAAGCUUCAGUUCCUGUUUGAGCUUCCUGCCCGAUUAAAUAAGUGCAUAGAAAUGGAAGCAUAUGUUCAGGCUGUGAGAUAUUACACGAAGGCUCAGCGAGUUUUGCACCAGUAUGAGCACAUGCCCAGUUUUCAAGGCAUUCACACAGACUGUGAGAUCAUGAUUAAACAUCUGCGAGGCCGACUUAUGGACAGGUUUCGCCAGAAAGAGUCUACAGCCAAGCAGUUAACAGAAUGUGUAGAUUUGUUGCUGCAACUUGGAGAACCGGCGGAGUCCCUUUGUGAUGAAUUUCUUUCUCAUGCCAGACAUAAGUUGGACGAGGAUUUGGGAGAGCUGCAAAGGCAGAUGAAACUCUACUCUGGUGAACUUAGUCCCAGUGAAGAACAGAGGCCCUCACAAGCUUACAUGAACCCUGGCAUGGAUGUCCUUGAGUUUGUUGAUUCCGGUUGUAAUGGAUUCCUCAGCAAUAUGUGUCUGGUGAUAGCAUCGUAUAAUGAUAUGUUCAUGAACAGGCCACAGGCUGACGAGUCUUUGGACACAGUUGCACUGAGGAAGUUGGUGGUCUUUGUCAACGAUCUGAUGGAGCAGUACUUUAGUUCUGUGAGGCAGAGGGUUCAGCUGGAAAAAGAGACAGGAGAUAACACUAUCCUGGUGCGAGCUUUGGAUCGCUUCCAUAGGAGGUUACAGGCCAUGAAUAAACUGCUACCAGACACAGACUUUUCUAGGGCUGGCACAGAGAUUGUCUCCAAGGGUGCCAAGGACCGGGUUGUACAUUACUUGAAGUCACUCAAGCAGCAUUUUGCUGAUUGUUUGACAGACAUCAGACAAAGUCUGGCUGCACCACGGAUAGCAGGGAAGCAGGAUCAUGGAACUAGAUUGGCUGAUCUAUUGGCUAAUAUGCAAAGUUCCGUAGUGGAACAAUUCAAGUCAGUUUUAGGGAACCUACAGGCUUUUAUUGCCCCAGACAUUACUUUUGCAAUGAAGCCAUAUUUCCGUGGACCAUUCUGUAGCCAAGAUGUCAGAGAAGGUCUUGUGGUUGCCUUUGUAAAACACGUGUGUACUGUAUGCAAUGAUUUCUGUGAAGUUCCAGGUGAUAAAACCACAAGCCCACCUGCCUUGCUCCUGAUCCUGUCCAGGUUUUGUAUUGACCUAGAAAAUGCAGCCAUUUCUUAUCUGCUGUCCCUGGCGGAGGAACAGUUCAUGGUAGAAGAUAGAACAUCUGUGACAGCUGCCACCGACUUAUUUGCAAUGGCCAAAGACACGGGCCAAAGAUUACUGAACCAUUAUGUUCGUGUCCAGGGACUAACCAUUUCACAGAUGCUACGUAAAAGUGUGGAAACAAGAGACUGGCUGAACACCAUAGAGCCUCGUAAUGUUCGUGCUGUCAUGAAACGUGUUGUAGAGGAUAUCACAGCUAUUGAUAUGCAGGUUGGCCAGCUGUAUGAAGAAGGUGUCAGACGAGAACGAAGCAGUGACUCAAGCCGCCGGACUCAUGCACUCAGCACAUCACAACAGAACAGACGGCCACAGUGGAACUAUGCACCCAGCAUUGAUAACAGCCUAAUGAGUAACAUUCAAAAAUUGUUCUCUGAGAAGAUUGAGAUUUUCAGUGCUGUAGAGUUUUCUAAAGUGUCUGUUCUCACUGGGAUAGUCAAGAUUAGUUUAAAGACAUUCCUGGAGUGUGUGCGAUUGAGGACAUUUGGCAAAUAUGGGCUGCAGCAGAUUCAAGUGGAUACUCACUACCUGCAGUUGUACCUCUGGAGAUUUGUGUCGGACGAAAACUUGGUGCAGGUGCUGUUGGAUGAAAUUGUGUGUAGUGCUGUUCACAGAUGUGUGGACCCUGUGAUGAUGGAGCCCAGUGUGAUAGACCUCAUUUGUGAGAGAGGAUGA